AUGUCUCCGUAUCGGAUUGUUUUUGGUAAGGCUUGUCACUUGCCCAUGGAAGUAGAGCAUAAAGCAUAUUGGGCAGUGAAAUCAUGGAAUAUGAAUUUGGGAGAGGCCGGUUGUGAAAGAAAGUUGCAAUUGCAAGAGCUUAAAGAGCUUAGAUUGAAAGCUUAUGAGAGCUCUCGAAUUUUUAAGGAGAAAACUAAGGUUUUUCAUGAUAAGCAGAUUUUGAGGAAAGAAUUUCAUGUAGGAGAUAAGGUUUUAUUGUUUAAUUCUAGACUUAGAUUGAUGGGAGGUAAGUUGAAGUCUAGAUGGGAAGGUCCUUUUUGUAUUACUAAUGUUUUUCCUUAUGGUGUUGUUGAAAUUCAAGAACUUUCUGCCGGAAGAACUUUCAAGGUUAAUGGGUAUCGUCUCAAAGUGUUCCACGAAGGUGUUAUGGGAGGAUCGAUGGAGAAGUUGAAUUUGGAGGAGGCAAUCUACUCGACUUGA